AGCCCCGCCCGCGACAGGCGGAGCCACCGGGCGCGUCGCGGGGGCCGGGGCCGGGGAGAGCGCCUCGGCCGCCGUCUCGCGGGAAGCCCGCGCCGAGCCGCGCGGGGACCGCCCGGGGGCGGCGGGCGGGGGCAAGGGCGGAGACUGGGGCCGAGCCCCCCGCCUCCGCGCCGCAGUCCUCAACCAGGUCGGCUCCCGGGGAAUAUACUGCGGCUCCACGGUGGCGGCGGCGUGCAGUGUGCGGCUGCAGUAACGCUGGCAUGUCUGGCAGAGGCAAGGGCGGGAAGGGGCUCGGCAAAGGGGGCGCCAAGCGCCACCGCAAGGUGCUGCGCGACAACAUCCAGGGCAUCACCAAGCCGGCCAUCCGGCGCCUGGCGCGGCGCGGCGGCGUGAAGCGCAUCUCGGGGCUCAUCUACGAGGAGACGCGCGGCGUGCUGAAGGUCUUCCUGGAGAACGUGAUCCGCGACGCCGUCACCUACACCGAGCACGCCAAGCGCAAGACGGUCACGGCCAUGGACGUGGUGUACGCUCUCAAGCGCCAGGGGCGCACCCUCUACGGCUUCGGCGGAUAAACUUGAAUUGCAAACGUUAACGCUGUCAAAAUCAAGGCUCUUUUCAGAGCCACCCACAUAUUUCACAACGAGAGCUGUUCAUUACUUAAAUAAAUAGUUUGCAAACUUAACGGAGCUGUAACCUUAAAACACGAAUUGUAAUAAAUUGAGAAUUAAAAAGCUGGAGCAAAAUUCAGUCUUUAUGAGCAUCCUGAAUAACUACUGCAAAAUGCCCAGUGUACUAAGAGCACACAUGUUAAAUAAUAGCAUUAGUAACUGUA